AUGUUCAACUACCUCCUCGCCCUCAUCCCAAUCCUCCUCUUCUUCGCCAACCCCAUCUCCCAGUUAUUUGCACCCUCCACACCCCGGAUCCACCGCCUUCCACGUCCACAACUAAACGAAGACCUCCUGGCUCUCGAGGAACCUUCCAACUACACGUGCCCUCCCCACCCCUACAUAGUCCAUGUCGUCUCCCGCGCGCCCCUGGUCCUCUACAUUGAAGACUUUCUCAGCUUGGAAGAACGUCGGCAUUUACUAGAGAUAAGCACCCCCCUCUACACCCCUUCCACCAUCACCCACAACGCCGGCCAAUCCCUCUCGCACACCCCCUCCGUGCGCGACUCCGAGGUCGCGCUCGUGCCGCGGACCGACGCCGUGCGGUGCAUCGAGGAGCGGGCGCGCGCGGUGCAGGGGUGGCGGCGCGAGGCGUGGAUCGAGCGGCUGCGGGUGCAGCGCUACGGGGUCGGCGGGCAUUAUGCGCACCAUUUUGAUUGGAGUUCGGGGAGGGGCGGCUGGGGGCGGUGCGCUUCUGGGGAGGAGCAUCGGGGGGGGAAGGGCGGAGAGGAUGAUGGGAAGAAGGGGGUGGUGUUCAGGGUUGCGCCGGGGAACGCGGUGUAUUGGGAGAACUUCAUGGCGGAUGGGAGCGGGAGAGGCUAUGAAGAGACCUGGCAUGCGGGUCUGCCCGUGAUAAAGGGGGUCAAGGUCGGAUUGAAUAUCUGGACUUGGGGCAGGAUUGAGUAA